AUGUUCAGAGGCCGCUGGGCAGGCCUACGUGAAGAUUCGAUCCAAGCGGCGAAAUGGGAACAUCAGCAACCUCGUGAUGAGCGUCUUGAGGCUGAGCUGUUUGCUGGCCAGCUAUCGGGAAUCAACUUUGACAAAUAUGAAGAAAUUCCAGUCGAGGCAACUGGGGAGGAUGUUCCGGCACCGAUUUCUCUCUUUGCCGAUUUGAAACUUCAUCCAUGGAUUGUGGAGAAUAUCCAAAAAUCCGGCUACAAUCGCCCGACGCCUGUACAAAAAUACUCAAUUCCGGCUUUGAACAGCGGACGCGACCUCAUGUCUUGUGCACAGACAGGUUCAGGAAAAACGGCUGCUUUCUUGGUGCCUCUUAUUAACGCCAUUCUUCAGGAUGGUCCUGGUGCACAACACCCUCCAACAAUGUCUCACGGCGGUCGUAAAAAACAGUACCCUUCAGCACUGGUACUUUCUCCAACAAGGGAAUUGUCUCUUCAGAUCUACAACGAAUCGCGCAAGUUCAGUUACCGUACUCCAAUCACUUCUGCUUUACUUUAUGGCGGAAGGGAGAACUACAAGGACCAAAUCAACAAACUGCGUCUUGGGUGCCAUAUUUUGAUCGCAACGCCAGGGCGAUUGAUUGACGUAAUGGAUCAGGAGUAUAUCGGCCUGAAAGGCUGUCGUUACCUCGUACUCGACGAAGCUGAUCGCAUGUUGGACAUGGGUUUCGAACCCCAAAUCCGACAGAUUGUGGAUCUUUCUACAAUGCCUCGUAAAGGUGAUCGCGUUACCGCUAUGUUCUCCGCGACGUUCCCUAAGGAUAUUCAGGUGCUUGCACAAGACUUCCUCAUGCCAAAUUAUGUUUUCUUGGCCGUUGGAAGAGUGGGAUCAACUUCGGAAAAUAUUAUGCAGAAGGUGGUUUGGGUUGAGGACCACGAAAAGCGCUCAUAUCUCAUGGACCUGCUCGAUGCUGGCGGUCAAAACUCGCUCACGCUAGUAUUCGUCGAAACAAAGCGAGGAGCUUCUGACCUUUCAUAUUACUUGCAAUCAAAUGGUUACGAGGUGGUAGCGAUUCAUGGCGACUUGAAGCAGUUCGAGCGAGAGAAACAUCUGGAUUCGUUCAGAUCUGGUGUCACUCCUAUAAUGGUAGCCACUGCUGUGGCCGCUAGAGGCUUGGAUAUCCCAAAUGUAAAACAUGUGAUUAAUUAUGAUCUACCUGCCGAGAUUGAUGAGUAUGUGCAUCGUAUUGGUCGUACUGGCCGUGUCGGAAAUAUAGGUCUUGCAACAUCGUUCUUCAACGAGAAGAAUCGUAAUAUCGCUAGAGAUCUUAUGGAUUUAAUCGUUGAAGCGAACCAGGAGCUGCCGGACUGGCUCGAGCGUGUCGCAGGCGACGUGGCUCGCUUCGGAACCCGUAGUGGCGGUAGUCGUGGGGGUCGAGGAAGCGGUGGCCAGAAAUUCGGAGGCCGUGAUCAUCGUAUCCAGUAUAGCAGCAACCAAGGAGGUCAGGGUGGAGGUUUUGGCGGCCAGUCUAGAGGCUUCCAGGGCACCGGUGGUGGUUUUGGUGGUGCUCCAUCGCGUCAGCAGAGCAAUCGCGCUCCUCCACAAGAGGACUGGUUUGGCAACUAG